AUGUCUGCCGAGGACGAGAUCCCCCAGCUCGUGGAGGGCAACGCCGCCGACGAUGUUUUCGAGGGAGCCAUCGGUAUCGAUCUCGGCACCACCUACUCUUGCGUCGGUGUCUGGCAGAACGACCGUGUCGAAAUCAUCGCCAACGACCAGGGCAACCGCACCACCCCCUCCUACGUCGCCUUCACCGAGUCGGAGCGCCUCAUCGGUGACUCUGCCAAGAACCAGGCCGCGAUGAACCCGAAGCAGACCGUCUUCGACGCCAAGCGUCUCAUCGGUCGCCGCUUUGACGACGCCGAGGUCAAGAAGGACAUGACCCACUGGCCCUUCACCGUCAUCGACAAGGACGGCUCGCCCUUCAUCGAGGUCAACUACCUCGGGGAGACCAAGUCGUUCUCGCCCGCCGAGAUCUCGGCCAUGGUUCUCUCCAAGCUCAAGGAGACGGCCGAAGCCAAGAUUGGCAAGGAGGUCAAGAAGGCCGUCAUCACGGUCCCUGCCUACUUCAACGACUCGCAGCGUCUCUCGACCAAGGACGCCGGCACGAUCGCUGGCCUCGACGUCCUCCGCAUCAUCAACGAGCCCACCGCGGCUGCGAUCGCGUACGGUCUCGGCGAGGCGACCGAGAAGUCGAAGAAGGAGAAGAUUGUCCUCAUCUUCGACCUCGGAGGCGGCACGUUCGAUGUCUCGCUCCUCUCGAUCACCGGUGGCGUCUUUGCCGUCAAGGCGACGGCCGGAGACACCCACCUCGGCGGUGAGGACUUUGACAACACGCUCCUCGAGCACUUCAAGAAGGAGUUUGAGCGCAAGACCAAGCUCGACAUCUCGGGCGACGCCCGCGCGCUCCGCCGUCUCCGCUCGGCGUGCGAGCGUGCCAAGCGCACCCUCUCGUCCGUCACCCAGACCACCGUCGAGGUCGACUCGCUCUUCCAGGGCCAGGACUUCUCGGCCUCGAUCUCGCGUGCCCGCUUCGAGGAGAUCAACGCCGCGACCUUCCGCUCGACCCUCGACCCCGUCGAGCGCGUCUUGAAGGACGCCAAGAUCGACAAGUCCAAGGUCGACGACAUUGUCCUCGUCGGCGGCUCGACCCGUAUCCCCAAGAUCCAGUCGCUCGUCUCCGAGUUCUUUGGCGGCCGCCAGCUCAACAAGUCGAUCAACCCCGACGAGGCCGUCGCGUACGGUGCCGCCGUCCAGGCCGCCGUCCUCACCGGCCAGACCUCGGAGAAGACGGCCGACCUCUUGCUCCUCGACGUUGCGCCGCUCUCGCUCGGUGUCGCCAUGCAGGGCGACGUCUUUGGUGUCGUCGUCCCGCGCAACACGCCCAUCCCCUGCAACAAGUCGCGCACCUUCACCACCGUCGAGGACAACCAGACCACCGUCACCUUCCCCGUCUACGAGGGCGAGCGCGUCACCUGCAAGGAGAACCGCCUCCUCGGCGAGUUUGAGCUCUCGGGCAUCACCCCCCAGCCCCGCGGUCAGGCCGAGCUCGUCUGCACCUUCGAGAUCGACGCCAACGGCCUCCUCAAGGUCUCGGCGCUCGACCGCACCUCGGGCCGCCGCGCCAACAUUACCAUCUCCAACUCGGUCGGACGACUGUCGUCAGCCGAAAUUGACCAGAUGAUCAAGGACGCCGAGAACUACAAGCAGGCGGACAAGGACUUCUCGGCCAAGCACGAGGCGAGGCAGGAACUCGAGUCGUACGUUGCGUCCGUCGAGGCGACGCUCCAGUCCCCCGAGGCGUCCAAGAUCAAGCGCCACAACCGCUCUGCCCUCGAGGCCGAGCUCUCCAAGGCCCUCGAGCGCCUCGAGAUCGAGGACUCGUCCGCCGACGAGCUCCGCCGCGCCAACCUUCACCUCAAGCGUGGCAUGCAGAAGGCACUUGCGGGAGGCCGUUGA